UACAUCUACAAAUUAAUCAUGAAGCAUAUUGGGCUCAUAUUAGUUUUUCUACUAGCUGUGGCGACUUGCAAAGCUGAUGAAGAAAGUACUUGCAAAGAAACACUGUCAGCAUGUGGUCAUACUGAUCAAUUCAACAGUGGCAGUUUCGAAAAAGACUUCAUCUUCGGCGUUGCAUCUUCUGCUUACCAGAUUGAAGGUGGCGUAGGUCGUGGACUUAACGUUUGGGAUGGCUUCACUCACCGAUAUCCAAACAAAUCAGGAUCCGAUCAUGGAAAUGGAGACACUACUUGUGACUCAUAUUCGUACUGGCAGAAAGAUAUAGAGGCGCUGGUCGAACUCAAUGCUACUGGCUACAGAUUUUCCAUUGCGUGGUCAAGAAUCGUUCCAAGAGGAAAGAGGAGCAGGGGAGUAAACCAAGAAGGUAUUAACUACUACCGCGGACUCAUAAAUGGCCUCAUUGAGAAGGGCAUAACUCCUUUUGUUACGCUCUUUCACUGGGACCUUCCUCAAGCACUACAAGAUGAGUAUGAAGGUUUCUUGGACCCCCAAAUAAUAAAUGAUUUCAAAGAUUACGCAGAUCUAUGUUUCUAUGAAUUUGGUGAUAAUGUAACGAACUGGAUCACGAUCAACCAGCUCUACACAGUGCCUACUAGAGGCUAUGGAUUUGGAUCAGAUGCACCCGGUCGAUGUUCUCGAGCUCUUGACCCUACAUGUUACGCCGGAAAUUCUUCAACUGAACCCUAUAUCGUUGCACAUCACCAGCUUCUGGCUCAUGCCAUGGUGGUCGAUCUUUACAGGAAAAAUUAUACGCAUCAAGGAGGUAAGAUUGGACCUGUGAUGAUAACUAGAUGGUUUCUUCCAUAUGAUAACAACGAUCCAAAAAGCAAAGCUGCAACCGAGAGGAUGAAAGAAUUCUUCUUGGGAUGGUACAUGGGGCCGCUAACAAAUGGAACAUACCCUCAAAUCAUGAUAGACACUGUGCGUAACCGGCUUCCAUCGUUCACUCCAGAAGAAUCCAAACUCGUAAAGGGUUCAUAUGAUUUUAUUGGUCUCAACUAUUAUGUCACUCAGUAUGUCCAGCCAAGUCCUAAUCAUCUUGAUUGGGCUAAUCACACUGCCAUGAUGGACGCAGGCGCAACGCUCACAUAUCGUAAUAUAAGUGGUCAUCCCAUUGGUCCACUGUUCACUGAAGACAAAGGUGACGACACCAAAAACACCUAUUACUACCCAGAAGGCAUUUCUUACGUAAUGGAAUAUUUCAAAACCAAGUAUUAUAACCCGUUAAUCUAUGUAACCGAGAACGGAUUCAGUACCCCCGGUGAUCAAACCCGUGAGGACGCUAAGCUCGAUUGCAAGCGGAUUGAUUAUCUCUCCAGUCAUCUCUCUUUUCUCAGUAAAGUAAUCAAGGAGAAGCAUGUCAACGUGAAAGGAUACUUUGCGUGGUCUCUUGGGGAUAAUUAUGAAUUCUGCAAAGGAUUUACCGUCAGAUUCGGACUCAGUUACAUUGAUUGGAAUAAUGUCACUGAUAGAGACCUCAAACAGUCUGGCAAAUGGUAUAAGAAGUUCAUUACCACCAAGGACCUUCCCAAGAAAGAUUUUCUCCGCUCCAGCCUCACCUUCGAGAAGAAGAAGAAGUUCGCAGAUGCAUGA